CGCAGGACUAAUCUUUGCCAGGAUACAAAUUGACAUGUCAAUAGCAUUAAACUCAUCGUAGUCAAUGCACUACUACAUAGUUACAUCUUGUCAUUGCGACGCAGGAGGCUUGGGGUAAAAGUUUGAGUGAUUGGGCAGAGCAGCAACCGACGUCGGUACAGCUCACAAGGCACGCAAUAUGUCUCACCCGUUACACAAUAUAAAUGAGGGACAGCCUGAUCCCUAUUUGGUAUACUUCUGCAUGCCUUGGUUGGAGGCCAAGUAAACAAACAAAUUGAAGACCCAAACUCAUCGUUGGUCAAUUAUCAACAAAGAAUAAAAAGAAGAUGCAAACGAGGGCGUUAUACACUCUCUUGGCCCUCAGCCUUGGAGUUGGCCUCGCUUCAGCUUGGGAUCAGGCGCCCGCUCUCCCCGGCAGAGGCGCUCCCAUUUCCGGCUCGGAUCGUAUCUACACUGGCGAUCAGUCUUCCAAUACCAUCACCGUCAUCAAGCCCAGCUCAGGUGAAAUCCUGGGCACCAUCAGCUUGGGCGACCUCCGGCUGGGCAACAACCUCAACCCGCAGUAUGUCAAAGUUGUGGGCUCCCACGGGCUCGGCUUCUCUCCCGAUGGCAAGCUGAUUGUAUCGCUGGCCGUGACGAGCAACACUGUGACGGUGUUCCGCACAGAAGACAACUCGGUGGUUUCGCAGUCGUUUGUGGACCGCAACGCUCACGAGGCCUUUUUCCAGCACGACAAUCGGCACAUCUGGGUGGGCACACGCGGCGUCGACCGCAUCGACAUCGUCGACGGCCUCAAGGGCGGCGUGGUUGGCUACGUCGAGUCGUACGGCGGGCCGAGCAAAGUCGUCUUCAGCCCCGAUGGCAAGACGGCGUACGCGAACCACAUCCGGUCGCCGUCGCUGUCCGUCAUCGACGUUGCGCAGCGCCGCGUCGUCGCCAACAUCACCGGCCUUGCCGCUGUUUUUUCGUCGGACAUGAUGAUCUCGCCCGACGGGCAGCGCCUCUGGGCCGCGCACAAGAUGGCUGGCAAGGUCUCGGUCAUCGACCUCGCCGCGCAAAGGGUGAUUGGCGUGCUGGACACGGGGGCCGAGACCAACCACGCGCAGUUUGCCGUCAUCAACAACACCAUGCACGGGUUUGUGACCGUUGCGGCAACCAACGAGACCAAGAUGUACUCGCAGCCGCAUGCGAGCGAGAUGCCCGUCUAUCUGGGCGCCAUCCCUGCCAGCGGCGUCGAGCCUCACGGUCUGUGGCCCAGCGCGGACAACACCCGCCUGUAUGUCGUCAACGAGCACUCCGACACGGUAGACUUCAUCGACUUGACGGCCAGCCCGCCCAAGGUCGUCAAGACGGUCAACGUCGGCCAAGAGGGCCAGGCGCUCAUCUACGUCUCCGGGGCCGUCUCCAGCGCCAGCAACGGCACGCAGAAUCUCGGCAAGCAGGGCCUCUUUGACAAGCCCGCGCUCAACAAGCUGCUUACUGAAGCCAAGCCUUCCAACGCUCAGUCCAACCGCAGCCCGCCACCGACAGGCCUCGUCACGGUGAGGCCCGAGUCUGGGCUGGACAUGCUGCAGGUGAUUGGACGCAAUCUGAGGCUCAACACGACAUACACCGUUUCGGCCAAGGUUUCGAACUCGCUGAUUCCAUUGGUGGAUUUCAACGCGACGGCGCCGACGGGCCCUGGGUGCGGGACGGCGCCGCAGGUGUUGGCAUUUCUCAAGUUUAUCGGCGUGUACGAUAUUGACAAGUUGGUGUUGACAUCCAAGGCGGAUUGAGUGAGGGAGACGCUUGCGAAGGGGGUGUGUUGUAUUCGCCUGUAUAUAAAUAGCUGGUACGAGUAUACCGAUGAAAAUGAAUAUAUUUUUUUCUUCAAAUCAAAUAAUAUUCGAUGAUUGAAAUGCCGUUGCCGUAGAGUUGAAGCUGAA